AUGGCGGACAAAGGUCUUGAGGAGGUCCCAGAAGGCCAAAUCGAGUCCAACUACGAUGAAGUCACCGACUCAUUCGAUGCGAUGAACCUGAAGCCCGAGCUUCUACGAGGUGUCUACGCCUAUGGUUUCGAACGACCAUCCGCCAUCCAGCAACGUGCCAUCAUGCCCGUUAUCAAGGGUUCCGAUGUUAUCGCCCAAGCCCAGUCCGGUACUGGCAAGACCGCUACCUUCUCCAUCUCUUGUCUUCAAAAGAUCGAUACCAACCUCAAGGCCUGCCAGGCUCUGAUCCUUGCUCCUACCCGUGAGCUUGCUCAGCAGAUUCAAAAGGUCGUUGUGGCUAUCGGCGACUUCAUGAACGUCGAAUGCCACGCUUGCAUUGGUGGCACCAAUGUUCGGGAAGACAUGAAGGCGCUUCAAGAUGGCCCUCAGGUCGUUGUUGGAACUCCAGGCCGAGUCCAGGACAUGAUCCAGCGACGCGUGCUGAAGACCGACAACAUGAAGAUGUUCAUCUUGGAUGAAGCCGAUGAAAUGCUCUCUCGCGGUUUUACCGAGCAGAUCUACGACAUCUUCCAGCUCUUGCCUCAAUCAACCCAGGUCGUCCUUCUCUCCGCCACUAUGCCUCAAGACGUUCUCGAAGUCACCACUAAAUUCAUGCGCGACCCUGUCCGCAUUCUCGUCAAGAAGGCCGAAUUGACCCUGGAGGGUAUCAAACAAUUCUACAUUGCUGUUGAGAAGGAGGAAUGGAAGCUGGACACUCUUUCUGAUCUCUACGAAACUGUCACCAUCACUCAAGCCGUCAUCUUCUGCAACACCCGAAGAAAGGUUGACUGGCUUACUGACAAGCUGACGGCUCGCGACUUCACUGUGUCAGCCAUGCACGGUGACAUGGAGCAAGCUCAGCGUGAUGUCAUCAUGAAGGAGUUCCGUUCCGGCUCCUCUCGUGUUCUCAUUGCCACCGACCUUCUGGCCCGUGGUAUUGAUGUCCAGCAAGUCUCCCUGGUCAUCAACUACGAUCUCCCAGCCAACCGUGAGAACUACAUCCACCGUAUCGGUCGUGGUGGACGUUUCGGCCGAAAGGGUGUUGCUAUCAACUUCGUUACUGCCGAUGAUGUGCGCAUGAUGAGAGAAAUUGAGCAAUUCUACAGCACUCAGAUCGAAGAGAUGCCAAUGAACGUUGCUGACCUCAUCUAA